AUGAAUUUGAGAAAUCGUGUUCGAAUUAUAAUCGAAUACAAUGUAUUCGAUACUAGCUCAACCGAUGAAUCUGUAGUUCGAACUCAACGUUGGGCAACGCGAUUAUAUAUUUUAGUUCUUUCAUUAGCUAUGAUGGUUCUAUUGUUUUAUACAGUAUUGAAUGUUUCUGCCGUACAAAUUGAAAUAGACAAACCUUCUUUAUCAACAUAUUUUGAUUUAUACAAUGAAUAUUAUAAUAUAAAUUGUCCUUGUACACAAAUAUCUACAUUAUAUAAAGAAUUUCUUCAACUAUCCUAUACAAAUAAUCAAAUUUGUUCAAGUGAAUUUAUAACAACAGAAUGGAUUGAAUUUCUUUUUAAUAAUAAUCAAACAACAUCACGUUAUGCUGCAGAUUUUCGUGCAACAGCAAGUCAUCAAUUUCAAAUUCUUCGAGAAUUAUGUCAAUUAUCUAAUACAGCUAUUGAAGAUGGCCUUCAAAUGUUAUACAAUAGUCAACUUAUAUCUGGUCAAUUGUUAAGUGAAGAUUUAUUUGAAGCUGAACUAGAAGCGGAUAUACAAGCAUUUCAAAGAGUUACAACUACAAAUUUUAUACGUGAAUUAACAUUUGUACGUUCAUUAAUAUUUGGAAAUCAAUUAUUACCAGCUAUCGAAACAGCUUUUACAAUUAUUGUUCGUUCUGAUACACCAGGAAUAAUUCGAUCUACACCUGGAAUAAAUACGAAUUUAUUUCAACAAUUCAAUGGUUCAGAAUGUGGAUGUACGGAUUUUGCUAGUUGUCAUAUGUCUGCUGGAUUCUAUGAUUUUGAUACAUUUGAUACUAGUCAAGGAAUAUUUAAUCAAAAUUUAUUACCUCCUCAAGAAUAUUUUUUUGAAUGGUAUACUGGUUGUUGGCCAAGUGAAACUCUUCUUUUAUCAAAUCUUCAAAAUUUUUAUAAUCAAACAGCAGUAAAUAAAAUUAUUACUUAUAUAAAUUCAUCCGAUUUCUUUAUUGCACUUAAUCUUUCACAAAAUAGUAGUUUUAAUCUAAAUUCUACUAUAGAAUCAUUAGUUGAAGAAUUAUUCAUUGAAGAAUGGAUACAACAAUUAAAUUAUACUGCUUAUUUUCAUCAAUGUCAACCAGAUACUUGCAUAUUUGAUGUUAACAAACGAGCAUCAGUUUUAUAUAUUUUUACUUCACUUCUUGGAUUAUAUGGUGGUCUUUCAGUCGUACUGAUAUUUGUUUCUCCUUAUGUUGUUAAAUUUAUUAUGAAACAAAUUCAACGAAGAUCAAAAAAAUUAUUUAUAGAACAACCUGUAUCUAAUCAUAUGUACGAAUCUCGUCUUGACUGGAUAAAACAACUUUGGAAUCUUAUUGUUAAUCUUAACAUUUUCAAAUCAUCAAGAAAAAAUACGGCUCUUGAUCAAAAACAUCAACGAUGGUUUACUCGUCUUUAUAUUCUAUCUCUUAUUCUUGCUGUUCUUUUUCUUACUUUUUAUACUUGGUUAACUACGGAAUCAAGAUUGAUAACAAUUAAAAAUCCAUCAUUAAAUACUGUUAAAUAUUUGCAAGAACAUGUUUCGUCUUUACAAUGUCCUUGUACAGAUUUAUCAAUUUCAUAUGAAGAUUUAAUUUAUUUAGAACCAACAUAUCAUCAAAUAUGUUCAAGUGAAUUUAUUGGUUCAACAUGGAUUGAAGGACUUAAUGAAAUUGCUUUUCUUUCAGCUGCAAAUUUAUAUUCUGCAGAUUUCCGUUUUUCCGGACCAAUAUUUCAAUUAUUAAAAUCUAUGUGUGAUUUAGGAAAUGAUACAGUAAUCAACGCAUUAUUUGUAUUCGGACAAACACAAUUAGUUACAGAUAAUUUAAUUACAACUGAAUUAUUUAAUGAACAAUUAGAAUUAGCUAUUGACCAAUUUAUAUCAACAACACCAAAUACUUUAUUACGUAUAUUACAAUUAAUUCGUAAUUUUACAUAUAUGAAUCAAUUUGUAUCAGGUUCAUAUGCUAAUUUUAAUGUCAAUUAUUCUAUUGUUCAACAAUAUGCAAAAUCAGAUAUAACAUUAGGUAUAUAUAAUACUAGUAUACCCUUACCAAAUGGAACAUUAAUGAAUUGUUCAUGUGCAAAUGAUAUUCAAUGUGGAAGACCAGCAGCAUUAUAUAAAGGUCCAAGUGGUGCAAGAAAUAUAAUCUUUAUUAUUCCGGGUUUUUAUUCAAAAUGUUUUCCAGUUGAAUCUUUACUUCCAUCGACUCUUCAAUGUUUUUAUAGUAAUCAACCAUGUCUUGAUUUAAUGGGAAAUAUACUUAAUGAAAGUUUAUUUCAUAAUAUAACACGAUUGAAUGCAUCGCAAUCAAGUCGUUUUACAAUAAAUACAACAAUUAAUGAUCUUCUUGAACAAUUAUUUAUUGAAUCAUGGUCAUCAUCUCUAUUUUAUUCAUCCUAUUUUAAUGCAUGUAAACCUAUAGAUUGUUCCUAUACAAUUAUUACACAAAAAGGUGCACUUCAAGUUGUUACUACUAUCACUGGACUUUUUGGAGGAUUAUCUGUUGUUUUACGACUUUUGAUUCCAACUAUUGGUUUGGGAUUAAUUAAAUUAGCUCGUAAAUGUCAUCCUACACAACUAACAGAUAUUACAGUUCAACAGAAUAAUAAUCCUGAUUUAGAUCGCACUUCAAUUCUUAAACAAAUAUAUUCAUAUUUCUUAUUGUUAAAUAUGUUUGAAACAACUCAUAAAAAAAUUGUUAAUGAAAGAGAAAUUCAUCUUCAACGACAAGCUACUCGUGUUUAUUUUCUUUUACUUUCAUUAGCACUUUUUAUUCUUAUUAUUUAUACAUCAUUAACAUAUCAACAAAAUAAUACUAAAAUUCAAAUAUCUUCUCUUAAAACAUUUGAAAAUUUACAAAAUCUAUAUGGUUCAACUACAGUUCAAUGUCCAUGUACAAAAAUAUCAUUUAAUAGUGCAACAUUUUAUCAAAUCGAACCAACUUUUCAUGAAAUAUGUUCAAGUGAUUUUGUUAAUCAAAUUUGGUUGAAUAUUUUAUUUACAAAUUAUAAACAACAGAAUGUCUCAGAUGAUAUUCCAUUUACUUAUACCGGAACUGCUUUUACUUAUUUUCAAACUUUACAAAUUCUAUGUGAUUUAACUAAACAAGCUACGACUGAUGCUCGAGAUCUUUUUCUUUCUACACAAUUUGUCUCAGCAUAUAUGCUCGAUUAUGGUAUAUUUAAUGAACAAACAACCGCCGCAUUAAAUUCUUUUCAAUCAACAAUAUCAAAUAAUUUUGUACAUACAUUACAAAUGCUUGUAGGAAUGGCACAAGGAAAUGGUCUUAUAUCAGCUUAUUCAACAAAUUGGGGUCUUUUUCUUCCUAAUAUGACAAAAGAUGCGACUAUAUAUACAAAAGCACGAAUAUAUAAUGAAUGUAAUUGUGCUACAUCGGCCUCAUGUGUUCAAUCCUCAAUACCAUAUGUACCAGGUUAUGUUGUUGGAUGUCUCCCUUUAAAUUCUUUCUUAAAAUCGACAUUCGAAUGUUUAUAUAAUCAAUCAUGUAUUAAUAUUAUUUCAUCGUAUGUCAAUGCAUCAAUUAUUCCACGAAUAUUGAAUAAUACAAAUUCACGAUUUAAUUCAAAUUUACUUGCAAGUGAUAUUGUCGAAGAAAUGUUUAUUGAAUCAUGGUCAAUAAAUAUCUCUUAUAAGGCAUUUUUCCAACAAUGUCAACCAACUUCAUGUUCUUAUAAAUUAAUUGAUCGAUACAAUUUAUUGUAUGUUGUUACAACUAUCUUAGGUCUUUAUGGUGGAUUAACUGUUCUAUUGAAAAUAAUUGUACCUUUUACUAUACGUCGGUUGCAUGCUGUAGUAAAACGAAAUCGAAUUAUACAUAUACAAGUGGUACCGAAAGAAGAACGUUAUUAA